ACACCCCUCUUCCCCUUCAGCGCCAGCAAAGCGCGCGCGCACUUCCUCGAGCCGGCGCCGGGGCCUAGUCGACGAGUGUCGCUGCCCUAUCAUCCCAGCGCAGCCGCAGUCGCCACCGCUCACUUGCUCUCUGCGUCGCCCGACUAUCUCUCCGAGGGCAACAUUGGCGCUGGCAUUCCCGCUGCGCCACUGCAUCCCAUCCUGCUGCGCGACUGUUCUGCGCGCAUAACGCAGGACGGCGGCGCAGAGGGCGCCGCACACGCUGGCCCUUCAACGCUCGAGGCACCACUGCAGCCUGCACAGAACCGACGUUCGUUGGUGUUUCAAGAUGCAGCACCGCCUUGCUCGCCCGACUCGACGAGCAGAAGUCGAGCCCUGGCGCCGCGGCAAGAUGCGACCGCCGCACGUACACCUGCUGCGCCCCCAUCUCCGAGCGCAGCCGCAGCAGCAGCAGCAGGAGGCAAGCGUCGUUCGUUGAUGUUUGCCGAUGCAGCGCCUAUGGCGCGACGACACUCCUCUGCUCGGCGUUCGCCUUCUCCUCCAGCAGCGUCGAUGGCCCACGUCUCGCUCUCUUACUCCUCGCCUGCAUCCGAGGACGACGAUGUAGACGUCGUUGCAGCUGCAACUGCAGGACGACAUCACCAUGCUCUCACUGCAUGGCCAUCGCAAAGCGGAGGAGAAUCUUCCUCGCGCCCUCAUCCUUCCGAUCUCUCGCCGCCCUCUCGCAGUCUUGAAAGCACGUCUCCUGCGCCCAUCGCCUUGGCCCUCGGCGUGCACGCGCAUUCGCCUCCUGCGCUCAACAGCCGCGCAAGCGGCGCAACCGUGACGCGCGCGCCGUCGCUGCGCUUCUGCCGUGCGGGCGAGGCAGCUCGGGGGAGGACACUCAAGUUUGCGGCGUCGCCCUCGACGGGAGAAGUCGAGGAGCGGAGACGAACGCUUGGCAAAGGUGCUGCAAGAGGAGAGGCACUGCUGUCGCUUCAGCGCGAUGCGGCACGCUCGAUCGACGAAGGCACAGAUGAUGAAGCGCCUUAUAUCGAUGCCGUCGCUGCUGCGCCACGAGGAGGACGACACGUCACGUUGGCUCUACCUGCAAGAAGUCCAAGAGGCGCAGCGCUGCGCAAGCGAACGUGCGGAUCGCCGGCGCCGACGAUGCUCAGUCAGAGGGAACGACUGAGGGGCAUGAGAGGACGCGCUGGUGGAAGCCCGGCGCCGGGUGUGGGAGGAGACGAAGAUGGCUAUUUGGAGGACAGUGAGACGGAGGAGGACAGCGACGAGGAAGAGGAAGAGACGCAGUCUGAAGAGGAAGAGGAGGAGGAGGAGGAGGAUGCCAGCGAGGAAGGCAGCGAGGCGGAGAGUGGCGGCAAAUCGGACGAGGCAGAGGAGAUUGAGAUGCUCGACGACAUCGACGACGACGACGCAAAGGAGACAGACUUGGGCUCGGAACAGCUGGCAUUCGCUGCGGACAUUACGAGUUCGCCCUUGGCGCCUCCGCUGCAUCUCUCCACUUCGCAACUGCCAUCUGCAUUUGAAGACUCGGCGCCCUCUUCACCUACAUACGGCAACGGCGACGGCGAAGGCGAGCUGUCGCUAGCGCAACGCACGGUAACUUCACGCACCAGCUCGUUUGCACCAAGCACUCGCCUCGUGCGCCCUGGCUUCACGCCUCAGCCCAUGCGAUCUCCGACUUCCCCUCUCGGGACCAUCGGUCAACGACGUCCCUCAAGCCGUUCGCCUUUCGCCUCUCGCAUGACGCCUUCCGUCAAUCAACGAUCGCUCUCUUCCGGCUCUGCUACUCGUGCAGCUCCCUCAGCGGCCGCUUGCACCUUACAAGCCGUAGCUGGACUCGGCGCCGAACGACCGCUGAGUCCGGGAGGUGGAGAAGACGCAUGGCAUCGACUGCGCCACGCGCUGGAGCUGAGCGGCAUGUCGGAAGGCGAACAGACGCCAUCUGCUCCGCUCGCCACGGGCACAAGCAACAGCGGUGCGGGCAGCAAGGGCAAUCCGUUCUUCUCUCCGCGCGCCGUCGCAGCGGCUUACCAUCGCGAUGGCCCCGAGCGGGCACGCUCAGUGCCCCCACCGACGGCCGGUGUCGUCUCUGCGCCUUCUUCGCCCACUUCACAUCUCCUGCAUCGGCCUCUCCAUCUAACCCUCGAUGCUGAUGCAUCCACGCACUCAACCGACACCGAGAACGACUCUCGUCCUGGCCUCGGCGCUUCCGCAUUCCCUCCACGUCCGCCGCCGACGCUUCAUUUCGCACCCGACACUCGCCGCGCCUCCUCUCGCUCCUCCACGACGACGCAGACUACGAGUCCACCGCCACCGGCGCCCAUCAGAAUCGCGCGUCCCGCUCCGUCCGCUCAAUGUCGUUCCGACGCCGAGCUCUCGGGCUGUGCGGCGCUGAAGCGCACGCGCCUCAGACGCGUCGCCACGGCGCAGGGCAGUGGUGGCGCUGCGCUCCACGACGGCGACGCGACGCUGCGCCUCGGCGAGGAGGCGGCGGCGCAAGGCAAGCCGAGACGCAGAAGACGACGCACCGCAGACUCGGAGCUUGCGUUUGGAUGGGGCAAGUGCCGCCUGGGCAGCCCUGCGCCGCCUCCAUCGGCAACGUCUGCUGCACACGCCACGCUCGAGAACAGGGCAGGCCUCUGAAGACGCCGCAGAACGUCCCCCCCCCCCCGCGCGAGUCCCGAAUCUUGCCUCUUCACAGCUCUCGCCCUCCGCCGCCCUUCUCUUUGCCUACUCGACGUUCUCUUCACCCAUUUCCUAGCUCAUUCCAGCACUCAUCCGACACCUCUUUCCCCACCUCCACGCGCAUUCUUUCCGCAUCAUG